UGGUUUUGUCCACCAGAAACUCACUAAAUCCGCGAGGUUAGCCACUCCAUAACAAAGACCUCGUGCCUUUUCGAAUAAAUUAAUUGAUUACUUUCACCACUGUUAUCUGGGGCUCAUUUAAAUUAUAUGUCAAGAAAUACGAGUAAUUAGUGAGUUACAUAAAGCCUUUCAGCUUGAGAAACUCAAACUACGUCUACAGUCGGACUUCUAGAUUAGAAUAAACUUUGGGCUUUUGAAAUGUAAUGGGCUUAGCCCAGCAACCUGGCUUGCCACGUACUAUAUUUUGCCCCAUAUUUAGAGCAUUCAAGUCAUGUGAAUGGGUCUCAAACUUUAAAGCCCAUAUACACAAAUUUGAGAGCAGCCUAUCUGAACAAAGUUGGGCUGGACAAUUCAACUAUGAUUGGGUUCUUUCCUCCCAAGCCCAUUAUCGAAAGGCCUACCCAGACCCAGUGGAUCCUCGCACAAACUUCGAGAGAGAAGCCUCCCUGGCACUCCCAAGUCCCAACGACCUUCCCUCCUCCGAUUCCAAUGGAUCGUUGAGACUUUCAACCUUGGAAUUUUUCUCUCGCUGUCUCUCCCAGUGUUUCUCUCUCAUUCUACUCCACAAACGAAGCUGAAACCUCUCCUUUGCACAUCCUUUUUCUUUCCCAAUACCGCAGAAACUCACUUUCCUCCAUAUUCUUCCACCAAAAACAGAGCUUGUUCUUUGAACCCAAAAAAUGCCCAAGUCGCGCACUAAACAACGCCAAUCCUCUUCUUCUUACGCAUCGACAGUGACCACCAUAGUGUUUAUCGUAUUGUGUGUUAUUGGAGUAUGGAUGCUUACCUCCAACUCCGUCGUACCUCCUCAAACCACCGCCCGCAACGCCGUCACCACGGACACCAGAGCUGAAAUCUCUUCCUCAAAUGUUUCCCAGGAAGACACCUCUUCCACCAAUGAGGCCCAACAAACUAACAACGAAGGGAAUGAGAAGAAGGUCACACCGGUCUACGAAGACAGUCAAGGUGAUCUUCCUGAAGAUGCAGUGAAAUCUGAUGAGAAGCAAAAGCAGCCUGAAGAACAGAAAGGAGAGUCUGAAACAAAUACAAAAACUGAAGAAAGUAACAGCGACAAUGAAAAAACAGGGGAUGGUGGUGGUGAUCAAGGUACAGUGGUUGAUGAGAACCCACUCGGAUUAAAGGGAAAAGAAUCUACAGAGGAGCAGGGGAAGCAGAGAGAAAAUGAGAAUCAGGUAUCUGAAGAGAGCACAUUGACUCAGAAACAAGAAGAAAUUCAAGAAACCAAAACCGAAGAAAGCAAUAAUAACAAGAUUCAAGAGCAAAAUGAGGUAUCAGAUCAAACCAGUGAAACUUCACAGCCUCAAAAUCAAAUGUCAAAUGAGGAUCAACAGCAAGGACAGCCACAGCAAGAAAGUGAAUCCCAUAAAAAUCCACAAGCGUCUGAUCAGAACGACCAAGUUAAAGAUGAUCAAAAUCAACAAGAACGACCUCAAACUCAGAAUCCAAGCACAGAGAAUCUUCAACAAAGUGAAAUGGAAAAUUCUGGCCAAGAAGGCCAGCAACAAGAACCAUCAGCAAUACAGCUCAGAGACAAGACAAACCCAGGAACAGAACAAUACGAGGGAUCAACAGAUGACAAAGAAUCUCAAACAAAAAUCCAAACUGACAGUCAAGAUAACAAGAGCGAUUCAGUUCAGGAAACUAAACCGGAGUCGGCAAUUAAGGUAGAUCAUGCCACGGUGUCGAACUCGGGCGGGUCAUUUCCGGGUGGUGGGGCAUCCGGGAUUCCAAAAGAGUCAAAGGAGUCAAAAAAGUCAUGGUCAACGCAGGCGAGCGAGUCUGAGAACCAGAAGGAGAGGCGAAAGGAUGAAUCGGACGGUCAGGACAGCUCCAACAGGUACACAUGGCAACUAUGUAAUGUCACUGCAGGUACCGACUAUAUACCUUGUUUGGACAACGAGAAGGCCAUCAAGCAGCUCCGCACUACUCGGCACUUUGAGCAUCGUGAGAGGCAUUGCCCUGAACCGGGACCCACUUGCCUGGUCCCACCUCCGGAGAAUCACAAAACACCCAUUCCUUGGCCACAUAGCCGAGACAAGAUAUGGUAUCACAAUGUGCCUCAUACAAAGCUGGCCGAGGUCAAAGGCCACCAAAACUGGGUUAAAGUGACAGGCGAGUUCUUGACAUUCCCAGGAGGUGGGACUCAGUUCAUACAUGGAGCUCUCCACUACAUUGAUUUUCUUCAACAGGCAGUUGCCAACAUUGCAUGGGGCAAGCACACACGGGUAAUAUUGGACGUUGGUUGUGGAGUUGCAAGCUUUGGUGGUUACCUAUUCGACAGAGACGUAAUUACAAUGUCUUUUGCACCAAAAGAUGAACACGAAGCACAAGUUCAGUUUGCACUAGAAAGAGGCAUACCUGCAAUAUCUGCUGUCAUGGGUUCCAAGCGCUUGCCAUUCCCAAGCAGAGUCUUUGAUCUUAUUCAUUGUGCACGCUGUAGAGUCCCUUGGCACGCAGAAGGUGGCAUGCUGUUGCUGGAGCUGAACCGAGUUCUGAGACCUGGAGGUUACUUUGUAUGGUCAGCUACUCCCGUAUACCAGAAACUUGAAGAAGAUGUGGAGAUAUGGAAGGCAAUGUCAUCAUUGACGAGGUCCAUGUGUUGGGAUCUAGUAACCAUACAGAAAGACAAGUUAAAUUCUAUAGGUGCUGCCAUCUACAGAAAACCAACCACGAAUGAAUGUUAUGAAAAAAGAAAGCAUAAGAGCCCUCCAUUGUGUAAAACUGAUGAUGAUCCAAACGCAUCCUGGUACGUACCUAUGCAGGCGUGCAUGCAUCGAGUACCUAUUGAUGCGAACGAGAGAGGGACCAGAUGGCCAGAGAAUUGGCCGCAGAGACUGCAGACACCACCGUACUGGCUCAAUAGCUCCCAGAUGGGGAUUUACGGGAAACCGACUCCUCUGGAUUUUGCAACAGAUUAUGAGCACUGGAAGCGAGUGGUUAGCAAGUUAUACAUGAAUGAAAUGGGAAUCAGUUGGUCUAGUGUGAGAAAUGUCAUGGACAUGAGGGCCGUCUAUGGAGGAUUUGCAUCGGCUCUGAAGGACCUUAAGGUGUGGGUCUUUAAUGUGGUCAACGUUGACUCUCCAGAUACACUUCCUAUAAUAUAUGAGAGGGGUUUGUUCGGAAUAUACCAUGAUUGGUGCGAAUCCUUCAGCACAUAUCCACGAACUUAUGAUCUCCUGCAUGCCGAUCAUCUUUUCUCCAGGCUGAAAAAAAGGUGUGACCUUGCCCCUGUGAUGGCUGAGGUUGACAGAAUCGUAAGACCUGGAGGUAAAUUGAUCGUCAGAGAUGAGGCCAAUGCAAUUGGGGAAGUUGAGAACUUCUUGAAGUCUUUGCAUUGGGAGGUUCACCUAACCUUUUCAAAAGACCAGGAAGGAAUACUCAGCGCACAAAAAGGAAACUGGAGACCAGAAACAUAUGCAGCUUCUUCAUGAUGAUGUUUCUGGGACUAACCUGA